AUGGGUUCUUUCACUGGGGUGUUCCUGCUGCAGACGCUGGGGGAACUGGCAGAUUCUCCUCUGGCCCUAAUCCCUGAGACCCAGGACAUACUGCUCCACCAGGACCAGGCCCUAAUCCCUGAGACGCAGGACAUACUGCUCCACCGGGACCAGGCCCUAAUCCCUGAGACGCAGGACAUACUGCUCCACCGGUACCAGGCCCUAAUCCCUGAGACGCAGGACAUACUGCUCCACCGGGACCAGGCCCUAAUCCCUGAGACGCAGGACAUACUGCUCCACCGGUACCAGGCCCUAAUCCCUGAGACGCAGGACGUACUGCUCCACCGGGACCAGGCCCUAAUCCCUGAGAUGCAGGGCGUACUGCUCCACCGGUACCAGGCCCUAAUCCCUGAGACGCAGGACAUACUGCUCCACCGGGACCAGGCCCUAAUCCCUGAGACGCAGGGCAUACUGCUCCACCGGGACCAGGCCCUAAUCCCUGAGACGCAGGACAUACUGCUCCACCGGGACCAGGCCCUAAUCCCUGAGACGCAGGACAUACUGCUCCACCGGUACCAGGACCUAAUCCCUGAGACGCAAGACAUACUGCUCCACCGGGACCAGGCCCUAAUCCCUGAGACGCAGGACAUACUGCUCCACCGGGACCAGGCCCUAAUCCCUGAGACGCAGGACAUACUGCUCCACCGGGACCAGGCCCUAAUCCCUGAGACGCAGGACAUACUGCUCCACCGGGACCAGGCCCUAAUCCCUGAGACGCAGGACCAGGCCCUAAUCCCUGAGACGCAGGACAUACUGCUCCACCGGGACCAGGCCCUAAUCCCUGAGACGCAGGACAUACUGCUCCACCGGGACCAGGCCCUAAUCCCUGAGACGCAGGACAUACUGCUCCACCGGGACCAGGCCCUAAUCCCUGAGACGCAGGAC